ACUCUUAAUUAAUUGCUUUUUCAAUCUUAAUAAAAUUAGUCUUCUUCUUCCUUUCUGUUUGAUUUCUCUGUUUUCCCUGUUGUUCAUUCUUCUGCAAUUGUAUAGUUUUUCAACAAUCAACAUGGUAUCAGACGCCUUCGAAUCUUCAUCUAUCCAGUUGGUUAUCACUAUUCAUUGAUUUCUAUUUUUUUAUAUCAGAGCUAAUAGGGGUAUUUCUAGUAUUAUUAACACCCCCGCAAACUAGGGAUGGAUGACAUUCCUAGUUUGUUCAUCAAUUGAUAAUGCUGUUGUGAUGGCAAAAUCUUAGUUAAAAUCAACACAGAAAUCGCUUAUUUUUUUCAAAUUUUUAGAAAUUGAUAUCCAGAGCAAUUCUAGAACUUAUGUUUCUCCAAGUUUGAAGAAUAUAGCGCGAAGAAGGAGGGAGUAGUCUGAGACAAAAUGGAGGUGAUGAGAUUGGCGAUAUCAGCAACGCAAAGGGGAAAAUUAAUAGCAGCAGGAUACACUUCUCUUUCUUCUCUUUCUUCUGUUUCUCCUCCUCUUCUUGCUCAAGAUUUAAAUAUUGCUGAAGCUGAAGCUGUUGAGAUAUUGAAAAUAGCAUCGCAGAGUGGUAGAGUAGACAAUGCUGGUGGAAACCAAGUUUUUCUAAUAGGCGCUCAAUCUGCUUGGCAAAUGUUGCACGAGGACUCAAAUAUAAAGAUCACUACAUUCUCUGCUGAUAUUGACAACAUUCUGGGUGGUGGCAUAAGCUGCAAGGAAGUUACUGAGAUAGGUGGAAUACCUGGAAUUGGGAAAACACAAUUUGGGAUUCAACUUGCUAUAAAUGUCCAAAUUCCUGUUGACUUUGGUGGUCUUGGACGAAAAGCGGUGUAUGUAGAUACAGAAGGCAGCUUCAUGGUCGAGCGUGCUUUACAAAUGGCUGAAGGAUGCAUUGAGAAUAUAGAGAACGGUGAUUACGCCAGGCCAAGAAAUACUCGAGCAUUUAAAGAGAAACUGCAUCCAGAGGAUUUCUUGGCUAACAUAUUCCAUUUUAGGAUCUGCAGUUACACAGAGCAAAUUGCUAUGAUAAAUCAUCUGGAUAAAUGGGUUACUGAACAUAAAGAUGUCAAACUGGUUGUAAUUGAUAGUAUUACAUUUUAUUUCCGUCAAGAUUUCGAGGACAUGGCCCUUAGGACUCGGCUUCUUGGUGAAAUGGCACUGAAAUUGAUGAAACUUGCGCAAAAGUUCAAUCUUGCUGUGGUUGUAUUGAAUCAAGCUACAACCAAGUGUACAGAAGGUUCAUUUCAGCUAACUCUUGCAUUAGGUGACAGUUGGUCUCAUGCGAGCACAAACAGGAUCAUCUUGUACUGGAAAGGGGAUGAGCGUUGCGCUUAUGUAGACAAGUCGCCUUCUCUUCCAUCUGCUUCUGCACCGUAUUCUAUUACAAGUAAAGGCAUCCGAGACUCCAGUAAAAAUUAUAAAAGAACCAAAAUGAUGUGAGCUUAUUUUUGUUUACUUGGCUUCAAUGCUCAACAAAUGAAUUGGUUUUGCUUGUCAACUGCGCUGUAUAUAUUAUCACAGUUGAUAUCUUUUUCAAAUUUAAGUUAAUGUUACUUUUCUCGGAA